AAGACAAGAGCGUGGCCUCUAAAAUUAACCAAACACCCUCUGUCAAAAAAAAUAAAAUAAAGCCUGAAACUUUCUUCUCCAUCCCCAUUUCUAUCUGCGCAUGUCUCUCUCUCUCUCUGUCCUCUUCUCUCAUCUCCAUAAAAACCAAAAAAUCUCACUCUCUCCGUCUCUCGUACCCUAAAGUUUCAACCUUUACCUCUCUAUAACAAACCCAAACAAUAAAGCUUCAACCUUUAACCUUCGAUUCCCGCUCUUUCAACUCGCAUAAAAAAAACAAAAAAGCUUCCAUUUUUUCUCCGGUUAUGCCGACGUCUGACUCCGGUGACUCACGGCGGAUAGUUAUGAAGCCUCACGGUGUAGCAGUUCCGAACACUGAGCAGCAAGAGCAGCUUCCUUGUCCUCGUUGUGACUCAAACAACACCAAGUUCUGUUACUACAACAACUACAACUUCUCUCAGCCUCGUCACUUCUGCAAAGGCUGUCGUCGUUACUGGACUCACGGUGGUACUCUCCGUGACAUUCCCAUCGGCGGUGGUACUCGCAAAGGCGCUAAACGCUCCCGUACUUGCUCCUCCUCCAACUCAGCCUCCUCUGUUUCUGCCGUUAACUCUGUCGUCUCUUCCGCUAACGGCGUUCGUUGCGUUACGCCUGUUCUCUUCCCUCAGUCGUCUAUCUCUAACGGCUGUACUCACAGCGUUGAAAGUGACGCAAAGGGGAGUGCUUUGUCUCUCUGCGGGAGUUUCACCUCUCUGUUGAACCCUAACGCUGCUGCGACGGCCACAAACGGAUCCGGUUCGGUUAUUGGACUCGGCGGAUUCGGAAUCGGACUCGGUUCGGGUUUUGAUGAAGUCAGCUUUGGGCUUGGAAGAGCGAUGUGGCCGUUUUCAACUGUGGGUGAUGCUGGGACGACGAAUGUAGGGAGUAACGGUGGUCAUCACGCUGUUCCGAUGCCAGCCACGUGGCAGUUCGAGGGCUUAGAGAGCAACGUCGGCGGUGGGUUUGUCUCUGGUGAGUACUUUGCUUGGCCGGAUCUCUCCAUCACGACACCAGGGAACUCACUCAAAUGAGAUGACUUUACAUCAAAGCUUUUGUCUUUGCUAGAGGGUUUCAGUUUCUUUGCCUUUUUUUUUUUUAGUCUCUCUGUUUGGGGUUUCUGUUCUUUGAUCUCUUAGUGUGUCUUUGUCAUUUUAGUACUUGUGUUCGGAAACUAGAAAACAGAGAAAGUUUGUGUUUUUUUUACUCUAUGAUCUUUCGAUUGUUACUUUCUCCUCUGUUUCACAAGUGAUUUCGAAUUGAAAUGACAAUACUUCGUUAUAACAAC